CUUCGGAAUAAAGAGAAGUGGUUCCAUGACGACAUCAUUGCCUAUGCUGAACAAUUGGUUGAAAUUACGCAGUACGAUGGGAGCAUAUCCAAAGGCUUCGAAAAAGCAGGCUGUAGCCGGUGGGUCACCAGGAUAUCUUCAUUGGAAAAUGCCCAUAGAUUGUCAGCCCGGCGACUCUGCCAUUGUACCGUGGUAUAUCCGAACGUGGGUCGAUCAAUGGCGACAUCUACGGAACAGGACAAGUCAUAAAAACUACCGUCGCGAAGAUAAGCAAGAACUCUAACUGUUCAUUAUUCUGUUGUACUCGCACAUAAGCGAUAGUAUAGUAAAUUCACGCCGCUAAGAAAGGAGAGUAUCUAAACUACAGGUGGUAAUGAAAAGGUCACAUUCACUAAUAAUUCUCUUACCAGGUUGACAGAGUUGGUUUGCAGAAACGGGUGGCGAUGUUUCUGCAUUCGAUAAUCCAUUAUCGGUGUUCGCGGUGACCGUAUAUUCGGCAGUGCUGCUCGUAAUAUGAAUGCUCCCACUGCACAGUGGGGUUUUCUGACGGAACGCUUCCAAACUAACCCGAUACAGUGCAAACGGUUUGAUUAAUAUCCGAUCGCCACUCCAGUAAAUCCCGCUAGUCGGCGAUUUCAGCUCAUCCAACGCUUUGGAUAGGGAUUGAGAGUUCUCCGAUCUUAGCGAAUCAUUGCGACUGUCCGCAGCAGCGUUCUCUUCCAUAGUUCGCUGCAACCAGGCAUUUCCAUUACCUAGAACACUCUGUACUCGUCGGGCUUUCUUAUCCGGUCUUUCAUUAUCAUUAUCGUCCCAGUACAAGGCCGCCCACAUGGCGUCGGUAAAAUUCGCGGUUGUUGUUGCAUUAUAGGGAAACAAUGAAUAUGUUUGGCUUAUGAGUUUGUCUAUUUCAUCAGCGUCCACGAACUCAUUCGUUCCCAGGCUUUUUUCAACCACAUCCCCAACAAACCUUUGAACGAAAUUGGCAUAAUCACUGGGCCGGAUGAAGGUGUAAUUUUGGAAGGCCGAACGCUCGAUUACACUGCUGGUAAUGGCGUUAUACGGAAGACCUUUCUUAUCGAUACAGAAAGGGACUUUUCGUGAAAUUGGCGCCUGCGUAGCGAACGACACGAACAGAUGCGGUGCAAAACGCGCGCCGUCGGUUUGAAUGGCCGUCUUGGUUUCGUUGCAAGCAGCCGGUGUGGGACAACGGAUGCACAGCGACACUGUUGGCGGCAUGCUAGCAAUGGGCUGCCACGAACUGUUCUUGAUACUUCUGGUAAAACCGUUCGCCGAAUAUUCCACCAGGAUCCAUUUGAACGGGAUCAGAGAAAUCGUAGUCUGUGGAUCCUGUGCCCGUACGAAAUCCUGGAUAGCUGUUAAGUAUGGUUUAUCCCACAACUUUAUUUCGACGAAGAGACAGUUGGCUCCGGUUUCGGUGUCGAGCAUGAUUUCCGUGGCAUCUGGGAGGAGAGUCACGGCCGGAGCGUAAUAUAAGACUGGAUGUGAAGUCAGUGAAGUGGUGUUGAACAUCUGAAUUUGAAAGCUGCCGUACGGAACGGAAAAAAACUUGGUACGGUGAUAUCAAGCCGGCCUGGAACCGCAAAUUAAUUUAUUUACAAUAUCAACAGAGGAUGAUUUCAUGACAAUAUUAUAUACAACGUAACGCGAUCAGUGCUUCUGCUAACCGAUAGAUUGUAACUAUACGGGUGAACUCCGCAGCCAGAACGUACCUAACAGAAUGUUGCCACCAGGGCGACUGCUUCCACUGGCUGCGGAAGCACUGGUGUUCAGGAACCUGGUUUCUGAGCCUAAAACGAAAAUUCCGAAUGUACUGUUUGUGGAACUAAAUUUUACUGCUCUUACCGUUGGAUGCGGUCGGCUUUGGUGGUGCCAAGACAUUCGUCGAACUUUGGUUUUUGGAAGGGAUCGUGGAAGAAGCGAUUUGAUUUGUGGCAUUACGUCUAACGGGGUUGGUCGUCUGGGUAUUGGCUGGUGGUUCUUUGCCAACGGAAGUUCCAGUGUCUAAAAUACAUACAUAUUGUAGAAAAAGAUCACUGAUGCGUGCUGAGAGAUGAUUUUCAACGGUCCCGCUCGCGAAUACAGUCGUAUAAAAUGACAGGUGUACGUGCGAACUAGAGCAAUAUUGCAUAGUAACUCAUACGGCACUUCCGAUGCGACGCUUCCACAAGCCGGAUAAUAACACUGCCAAGUGUAAUAAGGGAUUUAUUACGCUGCGCAAAAAAUACGUUCAUACGUGUAUGUAACGUUAAUGUUUCUAGUAUAAAAAAUAAUUAAUGGGUUGUGCCGUUUCUCAAAUAAUUUUCCAUCCACCUAUUGCACAAUUUGUAUUGUUAUGUACGGGUAUUUUUAUCUAUAGUAGAUAGAAAUACAGUACUCGUACAUAAUAAUAAAGGAAGGAAGGAAGAGAUCUCUUCCUUCAUGGCAUUGCAAACGGCUGGAAUCUCAGAUAAAAUUCAUAAUCAUAUAUUCUUAACCUUUCUCUCCCACAGCUGUUCAUACGUGUAUAAAGUUUAAUCUCGAAAACCUAGAGUACAGUGUCCGGUCUGUAUAUUCAUGCGGAAAGAAUGUACAGAUAAACGCCGUAGCGCGCGUAUCAGUGACGCUACUGUACUCGUAUACUGAUGCGAAGUUUCCGGCACAUACUUUGAAAGAGGAAGCUCUCACCAUCGAUACCGUAUGAUAUAGCGUUCUUUACCAACAUCCACGUACCAGAGUAAACCAUAUCGAACGAAAGGCACACCAGCAGUAGCAGAUAUCCGAAUCUGGGCAUUAUUUUAAUUCUAUUAUACGAGUUAAGCGGGAAGAAUGAUAAAAAACGUGCUCGACGAAUUAUUAGCGUCGCUGGCUCAAUACGGUAUCUCGAUCGGUAUAUCACACAUUAGCCCAGAUUCCAUAAUAAUCCAGAUCCUUGGAGUUCUCACAAUUGCUGUUUAUAUAAUUCUAAAAUACAUUGGACCGGAUAUCAUCUAGCCCUGCCCCAAGCCUGACGCAGCUGUUUUACGGAAUCCAGGAUUUACGCAACACACUGCUUGUGCGCCGACGGCUGGCGGCUCGAUAAAUCUUAGCCAUUCAACAAUGCUGUUAAUUCUCAUGGUCCACCGCGACCAUCGAUAAUUUGUUAAUGAAUACUUCCGGCAGUACUUGUCAGUUCGCUACAGGUACUGGAUUCUUCUUCCGGUUCAAUGCCGUUGUCGGCAGACUGCGGCGUGAUGUAUUACGAAGUAAUCACAACGACCGACUCGACCGUUUUCGUCUGUAAUAGCAAUGCACUUGCCGGUUUCCGCGUUUUGUUUCCAGUUUUCUCGAAAGACCCUCGGGCUAUACAACCGCUAAAUUCUUUGUACGCCUUCCACAUUUUUUACCGGAAUUCAGUUCCGGAAAAUUACCUAACAAUUUUGCCGUUUGGGUAGAAAUUCGGCAACUGGAAUAGCAUUUUUUUGCUCUAAAACAGUUAUGGAAAAAUGUUGAAGAAGUUUCGCAUUAUUACAUGUGGCACGAAACUCUUUUAUUCCGCUCGCUUUAUUUGAGAUCUAGUCGUAUUUACCGAUUAAACAUAUUAUCGUUCCCUAGAUAUUAUUAGCAGUGAAGUGAAUAAUCUAAUUUAAAAAGCAAAUAAUAAUGCGCAAAAAUGAUGGGAAGCGAAAAGUGAGGCAGCAAAAAUAUUGCUGGUAGCAGGACAAAUUUUCAGACUAUGGUAAGUUUCAGACGUACGAUUUUAAUGAUUAAUUGUAACUCAGUUGAGGACUUCGCGGUUCGCUGGAGGUAUCGCUGGAUAUUACCGCUUACACGCCAUUUGUAGUUGUUAGCUUAAUGAAGACGCAUUUUACUCAAUCAAAACCACCACUGUUUUAACGCACAGGAGAGUGACGGAGGUAACAUUGCGAUGUGCAGACUACCGGUAUCGGUUGACAUCGCACACAACGAUGUGACACAAUCCGCGUUUUUACAUAACCUACAGCUUAUUGAAUGAUGACACUUCAAAGAUGAUGGGUUCACCACUAUUAGUAAACGUCUACAGCGUUUACACCACUUUUUAAUUUGAAUUCAGGGUUAAUGUGGAUUACACCGAUUUCUGCCGUCAGUAUGUUCUGGCAUAUAUUCUUCCAUGCCGCGAGAAGUCGGAGGCGGAAUAAUUAUUUAGGAUUAAGUACAGUUUACCAUCUAACAAUAACCGUUUCGUGUUUUCUACGAUUCUGUGAUGGCGCGGAUUAUCCGGCCAAUUUCUAUAAUUCCGUGACCCCGGAUCCGUAUGGGAAUGAGAUCACGCCGUAUGACAGCUCGUAUUCCAGAGAGCUCAGCACCGUCGCGACCAUCGCCGUACCGGCACAAUCCAGCGCCGACCGGCCACAGUGCGCACAAGCCACGACGCUGACGUAUUGCUUAGACGAUCCUUCAUAUCCCAGCGCUGAUAUUAUCAAAGAUAUAAACAAGAAUCUGGGCGGGUUCUACAAAAUGUACGCCGAGGUGACCAAUCAGUCCACGGCGACGCUGGUGGACGGGGUGGCAGCGGAUGAAGAAGAGAAAUAUGAUUUCGCUUUCUACUUUGGGGAUCGCGACCGGACCCGGGAUAAUAAGCAGUACGGUGCCGGUGCAAAUCCGCCGUUUAGAACGGAGUAUUACAAAGAUGGCGGUUACGUCUGCCCAGCAUUUAUUGACUACACCGGCUUGUUCCAGGCCAUUAACGCGCGUGGCGAGUGGCAGUACAUCGUCAAUAUAAAACCGUGGAUGCAAACCGUGCGUAUCGAGCAGUGUUUUUACCCGCAAGCCAGCUGCAGCUACAUGAGCAAGGCCAUACCGACCAGCUGUGUCCAAAAGUACAGCUAUCAACGCCUCAUUGCCUAUGAGCCACGCGGCCGCGGUUUGUACAUGGACGUCUUCAAGCUGCCCACCGCCUGCAGCUGCUACAUCCGGCCAGCACCGCGUCCUGCGCGUCCGAGCAACCCGAUUCCUAGCGCCUCGGUUAACACUCCGCAGCUGACCGGUGAGGCCACCCAGAAUGUGGGGACCCGGGCGUAUUCCGGGUUCAUUCCGUCAUCUGGCUCGCAGAGUCAAGCACCGCUGCCGCCGGCUAUCACGCCGGAUUCGUCGAGUUAUGCGCCAUAUUAUGCGCCGAAGGGCGGGUACAAGGACCAGAAUUCCUAUUCUGAUUCAUCUGCUUUAUCCGAUUCUGUACUUGUGGAAAAGCGCCGCCUCCGGCCCGAACCAUUAAGCCUGGGCGACCUGCAGAACGACCCGGAUGUAGACUUCAACUACAACCCUAACCCCGCCCCUUGGGAGCGCCGUCCACCCCCACCGGGCCCACCCGGGGGGCCGCCCCCACCCCAGCCCGCCGCUUCCCGUCCCACCGGGAUGUUCGCCCUGGACGAAUACACCGGCGCCAUGGACGCCGACGCCUCCCGCAAUGAACCCUCCUACUCGCCCGCGUCGCAUCCGAACGCCUUGCCCUCCGCGUGGAACGAUCGCCGGAGCGGUACGCCCAACGGGUUCGUUCCCGGGCUGCCUAACCCGGGAGUGCUGGUGGACGCCAUGCAGCCGAAUUCUCUCGGCCCGUUUCCAGGUCCGAAUUACGGGGGACCACCACCCCCUGGUGGGUUCAUGCUGGGCCCCAUCGCGGGGCGGGGUCCUUACGGACCACCGGCCCGGACCUUCCGGCCACUGGGCGCGCCACCGUUGACCUUUUACGACUAUAAUGCUGGACAUAUGGGCGGCAGGAGCGGCCGAUCGGACAAUGUCACCGUGGUACCGGAUAACAGCACAGCGACCUCAGUAUAAUUGUCAAUAAAAAUGAUUGUUGAUUUCAAAUGGAAAACUUGAUGGUUAGUUUGUUGCGUUAUCUGGUAUGAAUGGCGGACUGUUUUACUGUUAUUGGCUUUCAUUAAUAUCCUUUGUUGAUUUAGUCGGUUUUCGUAGAAUGACGUUUUACGCGGUUUCAUAAUGGCAUCGUUUCUUACAGUUGUUCGUAAAAUCGGAUCCGCUAGU